AUGUCGGACGCCCACAACGAAACGAUUCGUCGGCCGUUUGACGAGUGCAGCGAGAUCAGCAUCUACUGUCCCGUCGAGGCCACGGUGCUGGGGUACUACCCCAACGUUGGCGCCAACAUUUUCUUCACCGUCGCCUUUGGCAUCGUGACAAUUGUCUCUGGCUACAUCGGCAUCGAGAAGCGGACAUGGACCUACAUGGCUGCCGACACGGUGGGCGCCCUCCUUGAGACGGCUGGCUACGCCGGCCGCGUCCUCCUCAACGACAACCCCUGGAACUCGGACGCCUUCCAGCUGCAGAUCUGCGCCAUCAUCCUGGCGCCGACGAUGCUCUGCGUCGCCAUCUACCUGACGCUCAAGCACGUCGCCCUCGCCCUGAGCCCGCCGCUGUCCCGCAUCCGCCCACGCCUCUACCCCUGGAUCUUCCUGCCCGCCGACCUCUCGUGCCUCGUCCUGCAGGCCAUCGGCGGCGGCGUCUCGGCCGCCGCCGGCCGCACCAACGCCGCCCUGCUGAGCCACGGCAACCGCAUGAUCAUCUCGGGCGUCGCGCUGCAGGUCGUCGUGCUGCUCUUCUUCGGCAUCAUGGGCGUCGACUACUGGGUGCGCGUGCGCCGCUGGGUGCGCGACGGCGACGGCCCCGACGCCGGCGCGCUCGCCGUGUACCGGGACGGCCGGUUCAGGAAGUUUGUGUGCGGCAUCGCCGGGGCGUUUACGGCUAUUAUCAUUCGAUGCGUUUACCGAAUUGUCGAGAUGGCUGGCGGUUGGGGAGACGAAAUCUCGUUCAUGAUCCUCGACGCGACCCUCGUCCUCGUCGCCGUCUCGCUGCUGACGGCCUUUCACCCCGGCAUCUUCUUCCCGCAGAUGGCCGGCACCAGGAAGGCCAAGAGCGGCGCUGCAUCGCCCGAGGAGGGCGUCGUCACCGAGUCGAAGAGCGUAGCGACCUCGUCCAAGGAGGGCAGCAAGACUGAAGAGUCGGGGAGGGAGUCGGCGUAG